AUGGUAAUGCCAAAUACUAAUUUAGACGAUUCACAAAGCCCCCUACUCGAUCAAAAUGGCAUUCAACCAACUGAACAAUCGUUACAAAUCCCAACAUUAACUGGGCCAACAAAAAUAAACAUGUCCUUCAUCUUUUCACUUGUUGCUAGUAGCGGAGUAUUUCUUUUCGCCGGUACCGUAUGGUACAUCGUUUUUGAUGCAGAAUAUGAAUUUUUUAUUUGGCAUCCCACGUUGAUGGCCUUGGUCCUUUUAUCCAUCACACAAGGCGUCCUUGUUCUCCAAACUGCAGUAAGAAAAGAAGAGAGAGAGAAAGGGCUUUUAUGGCACAAAAUCAUACAAACCGUUGUCUUUUUAAGUGUCAUCGGAGGAUUCACCAUUAUUUACACACAUAAAAGCAGUACUAACAAAGAACAUUUUACAUCCCCUCAUGGGAAAUUUGGGGUAUUUACAUUCGUGUAUCUCUUAUUCCAAACAGUUGGAGGAUCGAUAUUAGCCAAUUUUCCUGGUUUGGUAGGAGGAGCGGCCAAAGCAAGAGGACUAUAUAAGUACCAUCGAAUCUCAGGAUACGUGUUAGUGUCUUUAGUUUACCUCACCGCUCUAGGUGGUACCCAGACUGACUGGGCCUAG